AUGGGUUCAGAGAGAGGGUGGAAGAAAGGGCCAUGGACUCAUGAAGAGGACAAGUUGCUCACUGAAUAUGUCACCUUGCAUGGGGAGGGUAGGUGGAGUUCUGUGGCCAAGUUCACAGGUUUAAAUAGGAGUGGCAAAAGUUGCAGGUUGAGAUGGGUGAAUUAUUUGAGGCCUGGUCUCAAGAAGGGUCAAUUAACACCACUGGAAGAAGGAAUAAUAUUUGAAUUGCAUGCUAUUUUGGGAAACAAGUGGUCAACAAUAGCAAGGUACUUGCCAGGUAGAACUGAUAAUGAGAUCAAGAACUAUUGGAGAACCCACUUCAAAAAGAAAGAGGAUUCCAAGCAUAACAAGAAGCUAAAAGAGAGAAGAUCAAAGGUCACAAAAGAGCAAGUAAUAAUGGAGGACACCAACAAAAGUAAUAAUAAUGAAAAUACCAAAUCCUAUGAUGAUGAGACAAAAGAAAACUACUACAAUGAUCAACACAAUAAUAUGGGGUUUAUUUACCCUAAUAAUAAUAAUCCAACAAUGUUAGAGCAGCAACAAAGCUUCCCUUUGAUGCACCAAGAUUAUUUGUCAUCACCUUCAUGGCCAGACACUACAACAGCAGAUUAUCAUGCCUUGUGGUUUAGUUUAUGGGACUUUGAUGUACCACAGGGCUUUGAAGAACAUGUUAACAACCUCACCAAAUAUGUGCUCCCAAACCAAGCUACCUUUGGUGAUGUUUUUCACAAUACUUUUUUAGUUUGA